AUGGUGUUUUUCACAUGCCUGACGAAAAAUCGACAAUUGGCAAUCCUCCGUCAGCAUUAUAGAAAGCAGGGUCCUAUAGCUUAUUUUGUUUAUCACUGUGACCUGGGCCCUGUAUAUGGAUUUCAGUGGCGCCAUUCUGGAGCUGAAUAUCUCGAUGCUCGUACAGACUAUACUGGGCAAGGUGUAGAUCAACUUUCCGAGGUAAUCAGAUUGAUCCGUGAACGCCCUUGGGACAGGCGCAUUCUCAUCGUUGCUUGGAAUUCUAAAGGUAAUAUCGUUUUCUUUCGAUUUAUGUACAGUCUUGUUUGA